CGCAGUAGCUCUUAAAGUCAAAAACUCAUGUUAAAAUGAAUACUUUCAUAAAUCAUUGUCUAGACUUUUAUUCAAGUUUUCUUUAUCGCUUCUUAUCCAAAGUAGAUAUUGGUUUCAUCUGUUUGUGUAGCCAAUUUUCAAUAACAGCAUAAGCUGAAAGAAAGAGCAUGACACCCAUGUUCAUCCAAAUUCAGAGGUGGAUGAUGCAUACAAAGCUGUGGAGAUUUGUCGGCUUUGCAUCAGCUAUUGUUGGAUUGCUUUGUUAUGCUCUAAGUUCUUCCUUCAACCAUCUAUUUGGAAAUUGGAAUUUCAUGAAAAUAUUUCUUUACACCGUUUUCAGUUUCAUCAUUUGUUUAAUUAUUUUGUUUGCGAGAACGUGGCAACACUCGUCAAGUCUUCGAUUCAAAGCUCAUUCAGCAUUUCUGGUAUUGACAAUUACCUCUGUCUAUUCCUUUUUCUCUGAUAAAGUUAUGAACGGAAAACCAGAUGCAUAUAGUCUCAUUUCAUGUGUUGCCUUUGCUGUCAUGUCACUUAGUUUAUCAAGACAAAUUCAAUGUGGAUUUGAAGUGGAUCUUAUGUACUUUUAUCUAGGAUGUUUAAUUGUACAACUCAUGAAGAUUAAAUUGUCGUUGGCUGUUAUUGGAAUAGGUUUCAGUUAUUCCCUGAUCAUUCUUCGUUCUUCGUUUCUUUCCGUAGAAGAAAUUGGGUAUUCUGAACCCGAAGAUGAAAAUUCGGUAGUUAUUGAAAUCAACUCACAAAAACAACUAGCUAAUACCGAUAUUGCUGGUACAAUGGAACAACUGAAGACUUGUCUUAACACACUUGAGAAGAAAACUUUGAAUCUCGUCGAAAUGCUUUUGAAGCAUGUGAAUGAAUACGAUGAUUCUGAAUUGAUGCUGCCUAGCGUUAACUUCAUGAUCGAUGAGUUGCCUUCUGAACUGAUCAACCAGCUACAUGAAACCGCCAAGUUGAUGGCAAGCGCUGGGUUUGAGAAAGAGUUUGCUAAUGUAUACAUCAGUUGUAGAAGGAAAUGUUUGGAGGAGUGUCUAAUAAGUAAAGUAUUCGGGUCGCAGAAGAUUAACAUCAAGAAUAAACAUCAAAGGGUGAAAUAUGUAGAUAAUGUUAUUAAGAGAUGGAUCACAGCAUCAGAAAUUGCUCUUAAGAUUCUAUUUCCCUUUGAACAACGACUUUGUGAUGACGUCUUUUCGGGUUUUACCUCCUCUGCUACUCGGUUCAAAGAGGUUUUCCACGGAGCAACACUUCAGCUUCUGAAUUUGGUUGAUGCAGUUGCUGAUGGAAGCCCUUCAAUUUGGCGUUUGUUCAAAAUGGUUGCAAUCUUCGAGACAUUGCAUUAUCUUAUACCGAAAUUGCAAUUCUGUCCUGAUUCGAUGGUAAACGAAACAGCAGUUACAGUCCAAAACAGGUUAGGGGAAGCAAUUAGUGACCUUUUCAUGAAACUGAAUUAUCUGAUUUUUCGUGUCCCAGCAGCAAAGCAAGUUGCUCCACCUGAUGGCCGACAUCAUCCAAUGACAGUCCAGAUCAUGAGCUACGUCGCUUCAGCUUGUAGGUCACGCCGUACGCUAGAACCGAUUUUGCAGAAAUAUCCCAAAGUUAAUAACAGACUAGUAUUCAACGCUUCUUUUGUAGAACAUGUGGAGUGGAUAAUGGAUACAUUGAGGAGAAAAAUGACAGCUAAGUCUAAAGACUACGAAGACUUUGCAUUGCGCUAUCUUUAUAUGAUGAAUAAUAGGAGGUACAUAGAAGCUACAAUUAAAAGGUGGGAUUUGGAUACUGUCUUCAGCGAUGUUUGGUUCGCAAAAUUUCAAGCGAUAUUCCAAGAAGAACUUGAGUUUUAUCAAAGAAACUCAUGGAACAAGGUGAUGGAGAUAUUGAAGUUGGACAACAUUGAUUGCAUGGCACCUAAUGAUAAUGUUACAGCAGAGUUAUUGAAAGAGAAACUAAAAUUGUUCAACAAGCAUUUUGAAGAAACGUAUAGAGCUCAGUCCACAUGGUCUGUAUAUGAUAAGAAGUUGAGGGAAGAAAUAAUAAGAUCAGUAGGAAAUAGGUUGCUUCCAGUAUAUGGAAUCUUUAUUGGGAAGUUCCGGGAUUGUCUUGGUAUUCAUGCUAAUCAGUAUGUUGAGUAUGGAAUGUUUGAGAUUCAAGAUCGACUCAACAAUUUGUUUCUGGAAAGUAAUAUAGAUGAAUCAUCCGAAUUUAGGUGAAGCAUUUGGUAAGUUUGUUUUUUUAAUAUUGUUUUUAUGUUGUUGCAAAAGAUAUGAUUGGACUUAAAAGUAAUUAUAUGAUAUAUCUGGAACAUCUGUAAUUAUAUGAUUUAAUUGUUUAAUUUGUGUUCAAAUCACACCACAAUAAGAAGUUUUACUCCCAAGAAUUAACAACAAACUCCAUAUCUCAUCUGUGUCAAUCAGCAUUAGCCUUCAUCUUCUGCGCUUUCAGUAGGUUAUUCUGUAAGCAAGCUAAAAUUGCUUCUCGACAAGCCAGCAAGGAGUCAUAAGCCUCGACCUUUGAACUGCCAGGUAAAUAGGAAGGUAUCGAGGGAGCUGUUUCCCAUAGGUUGCUUGAUAUGGAGAGAUUCCGGAUGCUGAGUGUACCGAUGUAUUGUAAUGAAGUUCUACCAAGUUUGGAAGCAACCAUUUUUUCAUGGCAGCUAGCUUGCUAGGAUUGAUAUGGAAACCCGCAGAAGAGACUAUAUGGACCAAAUAAUCCCUAGAUUCCUGACACAAUAAAUACUUUGAUAACUUCACAUAAAAGGAUUUAUUCUCUAAACAUGUCAAAUAAGUUUCGA